GGAGGCCAGAAGUCCACAGCCGAGGCCGCCGCGGGCCCGAGGCGCAUCAGCCUUGGAGGGCUCCACUUUGCAGGGCGCGCGGCCAGCUCUGCAGACGGCGCCCUCCGGACACUGUGCGCGCGACGGCGCGAGUGCCUUUGGGCCCCGCCACCCCGGCCGAGCGCACUGCUGCGAACCAAGGGAGGCGCAAGCCCCACCCGGCCCUGCCCUGGGCGGCUCCUCCCUUCGCGGCGCCGGGGCUUUACUUUCGCUUUAGCUAAAGAGGCCCCAGACCCCCGCUGCCGAGCUACAGAGACUGUGCCGGCCCCAGCCGCCCGGCCGCGCUGAGGAAGAUGGCAGAUGAUCAGGGCUGUGUUGAAGAGCAGGGAGUUGGGGACUCAGCAAGUGAAGAUUCAGAUUCAGUGGAUGCUAAGCCAGACCGGUCCUCAUUUUUACCAACCCUUUUCAAUAAGAAGAAGAAAAAUGUUUCAGAGCAAUCCAUCAAGACCACCCGGGACCGAGUGCCUACGUAUCAGUACAGCAUGAAUUUUGAGAAGGUGGGCAAAUGCAUCAUAAUAAACAACAAGAACUUUGAUAAACUGACAGGUAUGGGCGUUCGAAACGGAACAGACAGAGAUGCCGAGGCGCUCUUCAAGUGCUUCCGAAGACUGGGUUUUGACGUGAUCAUCUAUAAUGACUGCUCUUGUGCCAUGAUGCAAGAUCUGCUUAAAAAAGCUUCUGAAGAGGACCAUACAAAUGCCGCCUGCUUUGCCUGCAUCCUCUUAAGCCAUGGAGAAGAAAAUUUAAUUUAUGGGAAAGAUGGUGUCAUACCAAUAAAGGAUUUGACAGCCCACUUUAGGGGGGAUAGAUGCAGAACCCUUUUAGAGAAACCCAAACUAUUCUUCAUUCAGGCUUGCCGAGGGACAGAACUCGAUGAUGGCAUCCAGGCGGAUUCAGGGCCCAUCAAUGACACAGAUGCUAAUCCCCGGUAUAAGAUCCCAGUGGAAGCUGACUUUCUCUUCGCCUAUUCCACGGUUCCAGGCUAUUACUCUUGGAGGAGCCCAGGAAGUGGCUCCUGGUUUGUGCAAGCCCUCUGCUCCAUCCUGGAGGAGCAUGGGAAAGACCUGGAGAUCAUGCAGAUCCUCACCAGGGUGAAUGACAGAGUGGCCAGGCACUUCGAGUCUCAGUCCGAUGACCCACGCUUCCAUGAGAAGAAGCAGAUCCCCUGUGUGGUCUCCAUGCUCACCAAAGAACUCUACUUCAGUUAAUAACCAAACCAGGGGCGCAUUCUAGCUGAGAAGCAAUGGAUCACUUGUUAACAAAUCAGAUUUUUUUUUUUUUGAUGCUCUUGAAAUAUUGAGAAAUUCUCCAGGGUUUUAAUUUCAGGAAAAUGUAUUGAUUCAACAGGGAAGAAACUUUCUGGUGCUGUCUUUUGUUCUCUGAAUUUUCAAAGACUUUUUUAAAUAAUGUUAUUCAUUUGGUGACUGUAACUUUCUCUUAAGAUUAAUUUUCUCUUUGUAUGUCUUUUACCUUGUUAUUAGACUUAACACAUGCAACAAAAGUGACCUCUGGAGAAGGCUCCUGCCUGUGUCCACUGUCAUUGGUGGUGACACCGGUAGUCAGAGUCGUGUUUGCACUUGGUAAAGAGAAUCCCAGUGUUUGACAAAGCACAGCCAAGGGGAUAUUUACUGACCUUUAUUGAAGAAUGUGGAUAUUGAGUGUGAUUUGAAUGAUUUUUCAUUGGCUUAGGGCAGAUUUUCAGGCAAAAAUUCCCAGAUAAGUUUGAGGAGAAAAAGUUUCAUGAUUCUGAUAUGUAUCUGUCGGGAUCCAGUCUGGAAAACAAACUAGAAACAGAAAUACCAUUCUACGUGUUUCAACAGAGGGAAUUUAAUACAGGAAAUUGACUUACAUAGAUGAUAAAAAAAAAAAAAAAAAGCCAAACAGCAAGAAGCUGUUACCACACCCAGGGCUAUGAGGAUAAUGGGAAGAGGUUUGGUUUCCUGAAUCCAGUAGUGAGAUCAUCCAGAGUGGCUGGAACCAUGGUGGGGGCUCCAUAGGGGUAGCUGGGACCACCAAUGGACUAAGGAAAGCGAAGCCAUGAUGAGGACAAAGCCACUGCCUGAGACGGAGUGAGCUGAGUCAGAUACGGAGAAUACCUUGCUCUCACCUCUCCUGCUCUCACAUCUUCCACCAGCACCUUACCAUUCCAGGACAACCUGGAAGCCACCUUGCCAAGGCCCUUAGAAGAUCAGGGGACAGUGAGGCAGGAGAAUGACGAGAAAUGAAUAAGCCUGGCCCAUAAUGUGAACAUAAGUAAUCACAUUCCCUAAUGUUCAGCAAUUCAUCCAUUUAAUCAUUGAUUCAUUGGGUCGUCAGAUAGUCUACGUAUGUGUAAAAUAAUCUGUUUUGGCUUUAUGUGCAAAAUCUGUUAUAGCUUUAAGAUAUAUCUGGAACUUUAUAGAUUAUUCCAAGCCUCAUUUUGAGUAAAUAUUUGUUACUUCUGGUUCUAUAAGCGAGGAAGAGUUUAUGGCAAAGAUUUUUGGCACUUUGUUUUCAAGGUGGUGUUAUCUUUUGAAUUCUUGAAAAAUGACUGUUUUUUUCUGCCUAAUAGUAACUGGUUAACAAACAAAUUGUUCAUAUUUACUGAUUAAAAAUGCGAUUGCUUAAUUCCUAA